GCUUUGUUGCUUUUUCCUGUCUAACCCCAACAAAUUCUCAACGCCCCCGUUUUAAAGACCCACCAGCAAAGCCUUAGCUACUCUCAACUAUCACUCUCUUGGUGUUUCUGUGUUUCCAUUUUAGACUCCAUACUUAGCAUCAGUUGGUUUGGCCUAAUUAAUGGAGCCUGAAAACUGCUCAGCUUUGAUGAUGACUCGGAAGAGAAAGUCCCAUAUAAGCACAUUUUUUAUGGAUGAGCUUAAUGAAGACCUUCUUGAAGGGGUCCUUUCUAGGCUACCAACCUCUGCAUUCUUCCGCCUCUCUUCGGUUUGCAAGAGAUGGAAAUCAGUUGCAAACUCCUCAAGUUUCAAGCUUGCCUGCUCACAAAUCCCUUCUCGGGAUCCAUGGUUUUUCAUGGUCGACUCUCAUCUCAAUCGAUCCAUCGUGUUUGACUCUGCUGAAAAAAACUGGAAGAAACUUAACCAUCCACCUCUCCUCCAGAAAAACUCCAACUACAAUUCCAUGCCUGUUUCAGCCUCUGGUGGCUUUAUCUGUUUCCGAAAUUCAUAUGGCAACUUUGUCGUGUGCAAUCCUGUGACAGGGUCCUGCAACGAACAACCUCCACUUGAUCCAGCCCUACAAAGUCUCACAUUCCAUGCCAUUGUGAUGAGCUCAUGUCCCAACAAGCAUGAUCAGUCCUCUUACAAGCUUGUAGUUGUCUUUGGUGAGCUUCCAAAGCUGUCAUUUAGAGUGUACAACUCCAGCAGUGGUUGCUGGGAAGAAGAGAUCGCCUUGUCCAAGAAGUUCAACGAUGAUGAUAAGUCAAAGGAACUUGAUGGUUCUACAGAAUUUGACUCGAAUGAUGACAGUGCUGUGUACUUCCUCAGCAAGGCAGGAAAUGUAGUGGCAACCAAUAUGCAAAGAAGCCCAUCUAAGCAAUACUCAUCGGUUAUCACUAGCAAAGAUGGUGAGGAAAUAGUUCAUUUCCUUAGCUCCUCGGGUUCAAUUGUGGCAUGCAAUCUGACCUCCAAGUGCUUCAUCGAGUACCCGAGGCUACUUCCUGUCUUCUACGAGUACUCCAUUGACUUGGUGGAGUGUGGAGGCAGGAUGCUGGUGGUUUUGUUGUCAGAAUUCUUUGGAAGCGCUAGCCUUAGGGUUUGGUGUUAUGAUGAGGAUAUUCGAAGUUGGCAACAAAUUGCAGCAAUGCCACCAUCAAUGACACAUGAAUGGUAUGGCAAGAAUGUGGAUAUCAACUGUGUUGGGGCAGGUGACCAAAUAUUGAUAUGCUUAAGUUCUGCUGAGAUUUCUAGCUGUGUUAUGUGUGAGUUGGCUGCUAAUGAAUGGGUUGAAUUGCCCAAAUGCUUUGUGGAUGGUGAAGCCGUCAAGUUUAUGUCUGCCUUCUCAUUCCAGCCAAGGAUUGAGGCUUCUCUAUGA